AUGAAAGCCAGCUCUCUCUUCUCCUUCACCAUCGUGGCGUACCUUGCACUGUCUGUGCUUGGCAUUGCAGGCGCCCCUCCUUUCCGCAAGACCUCUCAGCCAGUGGCUGCCGACUGGUGGGUGUCCUACCUCGACACGCAUGCUUACAAGCAGCCGCCUUCCAUCAGCAUCGUGCAACGUGCCAGAGGCGAGCACCUCGCCCAACACUUUGAGCCCUUCCAACAGCGUCUUGCCCGUCUCGAACAGCUCAAACGCUGGGUGCUGGGCAACGCAGAGACGAAACGGGUGCUGACGCCCUCCCAACGCGGCACUCUGAGCAAGCCGUUCUUGGCAUGGGACCAGGAAGCGCUCAGGGGCGAUGUCAAGAGUCGCGCCGAGCUAGCACGCAGGGUGGAACAAGAGAGCGGGCUGGUGGAGAACGUUGAAGAUGUCUUGAACGACGUUGCUAUGUUCUUGCCUGACGUUAAAUAUCGGUGGUAG